CCAGCGGCCUCUCCUUCAGUUUUCCUACGUGAUGGAUCAUAUGAGGUUGCAAGUGAGCACUGGUGGGCCCCAUGCCGACAUCGAUGCCAAGACGCUAACCCAGCCACUUCCGGUCGCUGCCUAUUCACGUAUCAGUUUGUUUGGUACUUUGUGCCUGACUAACAACUUGUUUACAUUGGAUCUCGUAUAUUCGAAGCCGCCAUCUCAUUGUCGCAAGGUCGAAACAGCUCCGCCAAUCGAAACAUAGACUCAUCUCGAGUCGCCAGCCCUCAGCUUCACGAUGGAAGCUGAGAACGAAGAAGACCAACUGAAGUGUCUCUUUCUGGAACUACCUGGAGAGCUUCGAAACCGCAUUUAUCGCCUUUGUCUCAUGGCACCUGAGUCGGUCAUUACAAUCAAGGUCGAUGCCCAAAAAGUUCCUGACACAAGCAAAGGAGGCUCCUGCACUGUCUGGACUGCGAGUCUGCCACGCGAACCCCAACUCUUGAGCGUCUGCAAAACCAUCCGCAACGAAGCACUAUCCAUCUACUACGGCGAGAACACUCUUCAUCUGCGUUUACCGACCGCGGCAGAGAUAAUGUCGCAUUGGCCUCGAGUUGGGGCCGAAUAUGCCGUUCGCUCUCUGGCGAAGAAGCUCAGUGCUGCCCAAAUGAAGGCGAUUGGGAUGUGGAGAGUAGGCAAGACAUUGCAAACGUACGAUGAUCAACGUAUUGUCUUCGCCUCUGCUGCCUGGCUCACGUGUCAGUUGACGUCUCAGAACAAGAUCGAGGUCACUUUGGAACAACAUGCGAACGACGAACACGGGGAACUCAAACGCGUUCUGUGCGCUUGUAGCUUGCGCAAAAUGGCAGGUUCGCGUCGAUCUCAGAAAAACAAAGAAUCGGUGCUGUUCGACAUUGUCAGGAAAUUCACGGAUGACUAUCUGAACGAGAUUUCUGACUACACUUGCAAAUCGUGCGGGAAUGCGAUGUUGUAUCGCUUGGUUGAUUGAAGUUUCCGCUCCGAUUGCAAGGGGCUUCAGCCUGAUUGGAUGGGGCUAUGAGAAUGGCGCGAUAAGGCAAAGUACCACACACAUUGGAUCUCAAGCUAGGAACGUGUCAUAGGCGGCCCCCCACCCCCAGACUCAGCUACGAAGCAAAUGAUGAAGACGAACACUACAAAGCUACCCCCUAUAUUUGUAC